UUUGCUUUGCUCUUACUAUAAAUAGUCAUUACAUACUGCUGCUUCUACUCACCCGUAGCUCUCCUUAAUUCCUUCUAUCUGGCAUUAAUUAAUUUCCAUCUUAUAACUAAAAACAUUGAGAGAGUUUUGUCAAGUUGAUUAGCACAAGGAUUUGCUUACUGAUAAUUAAAUUAGUCUCCAGUAAGUAGAAGAUUUAAUUGAUGGACAAGUUCAACUUUGUGAAAGAUGGAGCAAUAAAGCUUCCACCUGGUUUUCGAUUUCAGCCAACUGAUGAAGAGAUUGUGUUUCAAUAUUUGAUUCGCAAAACAUUUUCUUGCCCUUUGCCAGCUUCUAUUAUUCCUGAAAUCAAUAUUUGCAAGCACGACCCAUGGGAUUUGCCUGGAGAUAUGGAGCAGGAUAGAUAUUUCUUCAGCAACAAGGAAGCUAAAUAUAGGAAUGGUAAUAGAGCGAACAGGGCAACGUUAGGUGGCUAUUGGAAACCAACUGGUUUAGACAAACAAAUAACAUGCUCUAAAAGAAAGCCAAUCCUAGGGAUGAAAAAGACUCUUGUUUUCUAUAAAGGAAAGAGUCAAAAUGCUUCAAGAACCGAUUGGAUUAUGCAUGAAUAUCGCCUUGUUCUCCCCAAAAAUCCACCCUCCAAUUUCAAGAAUCCCUCUCAGAGUUCCUUGGUUCAAAUUGGCAACUGGGUUCUUUGUCAUAUAUUCUUGAAGAAACGAAAUGGAAAAUGUGAUCAAGAAAUUCUUGAGGCUGGUGAUGAAAAUUGUUACAAGGCUAGUGAGCAUGUCCAAAUAGCAAAACCGAUAUUGUAUUAUGAUUUUAUGAGGGGAGAUUUGGCUGCUUCCUCUUGCUCUUCUUCUUUGAGUAAUGAUGAUUCAAGUGAGGUUUCUUCAAGUCCAACUACUCUAGUCGAUCAACAUGAAGAAGCUACUAACCGACCUCUUUGAUGUACUUCCAAUAUCUUCGAUGCAAUAAUAAUAUUUUGUUGUUUUCUUUGAAACAA